GGUGCCGAAAACACCACCAAGCCCUUUCCCCAAGUCGAUGCAUUCAGUUUUUUUGCAUCGACACCCCUGGAACUAGAGAUCCUCCUAACCGCCUCUCCUACUGUUCCUACGGAGUUUUAAUUCUUCUAAGAGCCUUUCAUAAUGAGCGACCUCAUCGAUUUCAGCCAGCCUAGCUUCUGGAUCUCUGCAGCCACAAUUGUCUUCAACCCCACCUUCUGGAAUAUCGCCGCUCGUCAAGAAUAUCAUAACAAGCUCAUUACGAAGCUGUUUGGUGGGAACUCGAGACUCGGAUGCUAUGCGCUUGCGGUAUCGAUUUUCUCGCUGGGGAUCGUUAGGGAUGUCUUAUACGACCGCGCCCUCUCGGCGCAACCCUCCUCCCCCCUCCUCUCCACUCCCGUAGUCCAAUACUCCGCGAUCCCACUCUUCAUAACCGGCAAUGUCCUCGUGCUAACCUCUAUGUACGCCCUCGGUAUCACAGGCACCUAUCUAGGGGACUACUUUGGGAUCCUGAUGGACGCGCCCGUAACCAGCUUCCCCUUCAACGUGACCGACGCACCCAUGUACCACGGGUCCACGCUGUCCUUCCUAGCCGCCGCGCUCUGGAAGGGGAAACCAGCGGGCGUGUUACUCACCGUGUUUGUCGCUGCGAUGUAUACUGUGGCUCGGCAGUACGAGGAUCCUUUUACCGGGAUGAUUUAUAGGAAGAGGGACGAGGGGAGGAAGAAGGCGGGAAGCAAGGCUCUGUGAAGAGCUGUGAAGAGUACAGACCCUAAUGAUGGAAUAGGCAGAUAGGAAUGGGGCUAGAGUAUGUGCGAUGAAGCGGCGGAUCGGUGGCGAGACAUUAGAUGCGUGUGUCAGCGUAGCUGAUAUAUUGCUUGGCGUACUCUUACAUGGAGGUAACUUUCGAUUCAACAUAUCAGUGGGAUACAUAGCGGCGGCGUUGCGGGUAUUCAACUGCCUCCGCAUAGGAAUUGCAGAGCUUUGGUGGAAAAUUCUUAAGCAUUCGAAGGUGCUUCCUUCUGUCCCCGCGACACAAGACACUCUUGGCUCACCUUAUAUUACAUCACAUACGAGAGGGUU